CUACACAGUAAACCAAGCAAUCAAACUAAUAUCCCAACUUUUCCUAUCUAGUCUUUCCUAUUUUCCCUUGUUUCCUAGAGUCUUUGUCUCUCACUCAAUUCUUAGAAAUAAUUCACGUAACUACCCAAAUCAAACCCUCCAAAACAAUCGCCAGAAUGUUCUCCAUCAAGAACCUCACCGCCGUCCUCCUGGCCGCCGCUGCCACCGUCUCCGCUGCCCCCACCAGCACCUCCGGCAGCAAGACCCCGUCCCGCACGACCCACCUCACGGGCGUCACCCACUCCGUGGUUGCUGGUCUCGGCGGCCUCCGCUUCGAUCCGGACAACGUCGUCGCCGAGAUUGGCGAUAUCGUCGAGUGGCACUUCCUGCCCCGCAACCACUCGGUUGCCCAGUCCAACUUCGCCGACCCCUGCACCCCUCUCGCCGACGGCACCUCCUUCUUCUCUGGCUUCAACUUCUUCACCCCCGAGGGCCAGGCCCCUGACGUCUUCCAAGUCGUCGUCGAGGACAAGAAGCCCAUCUGGUACUACUGCGCUCAGAACGUAGGCCAGCACUGCCACUCCGGCAUGGUUGGCGUGAUCAACCAGAACUUCGACAGCCCCGACUUCACCCUCGCCAAGCACAAGGAGCUGGCCGCUAAGAAGGGGGACGCUAUCGUUCCCCCUGUCCAGCAGGGUGGAUACGUCGUUCCCAACCCCAACCCCCUCGGAGGCUUCAAGCUUUAAGUGUUGAGUAACGAACGAUUGAAAGUGACAGGAGGCUUAAGGUGGAUAUGGAUUGCAUAUUGAUGGCGGGUGUUUGCAUUUGGCGGCGUUAUCUUGAUACCGGGUUAUCUGAUUUUUGAUUUGGAAUCAUCUUAUCACUCUCUUACAUAGGUACCAUAAUGUUCUAUUCAUAUUGCCAUAAAAG